GAGACAUAGUAAGGACAGUUUAGGGAACAAGAGGGAGUUGUUGCUGGUGAUACAGUCCAGACAGAAAGAUAGACACAACUCAUUUUCCUCCUGCAUCUUCCUUGUACACACAGCAACACAAGUGUGUUUUAAACAACGGGGAAGUGGAAGUGCAGGCGGCAGGGAAAGGGUGUUGCCUACUAGCAGAGGUCAAGCAGGCGGGCAGGCAGAGGGGAAGCCGGUGUAUGUUUUUAAGAGUUUGCUUAUCUGACACUGACAACAGGAUGAGAAGCUGAACGAGGGCCCAGAGAGGGGGAGAGAAACAUGGAGGAGCGGGAGCGAGAGCCGAGGGAUCGUAACACUGGAGCUCAAGGAUAAACCAUGGACUCUGCAUACAUCCCACUACACCUGGACGUCCACCAUGUUCCCUGCUAACCUCCUGCUCCUCAUGGUCCUGCUGCUACCUCAAGCCUCAUCUGGUCGCCAGGGUGGAGACACCAGCGAGAUCAACCAUGGCAGGGUGUCCCCCAUGCCUUCCUUCUCGCCGACCCCACCGGCUGCUUCUUUCUUGAAGCCCGGUCUGGCUCAGACCAUCCAGAGUCUUCUCCUGAGCCGACUGGGCCUGCAGUCGCAGCCCGACCCCCGGCCUGGGGUGCCAGUCCCCCGAUACCUCCUGGAUCUCUACCGCUUCCACCAGCAGCAGUACCACUUAGUGGAGGACCCGUCAUUUAACUUCCCCAGCCAGCACAUUCAGCAGGCCAACACUGUACGCAGCUUUCACCAUAAUGAGCCCCUUGCUGACAGUUCCAAAGCAGAGGAUCAUAAAAAGGUGCACAUUUCCUUCAAUAUUUCCUCCGUCCCUCAAGACGAGAAGUUGCUCUCAGCUGAGCUUCGGAUCCUCCGCAGUGAAAGGGCCUCACUGGGCCCUGGAGCCCACAGACUAAAUGUAUACCUCUCUGAGCACCAUGAGGACCCUCAGUCCACCCUGCUGGAGACAAGGUUACUCAGUAGCAGCCUCAAAAGUGGUUUAUGGGAGGCUUUUAGCUUGAACACAGAGCUCCUUAAUAAGGCUCUUACUGGGACUGGUAGCCUGGGCUUCCUCCUGGAGGUCCAUCCUGAGAACAGCAUGACUGCGCUCUCUGAUCAGAGCGUCUCCUCUGCUGCAAGUGGGGAGCAUGUGGAGGAGCAUGUGGAGAAACACAAAGAGGGACAUCUAAGAGUAUGCAGGUCUGUUGGUGAGGACGAGCACAGCUGGGCCCAGGAAAGACCACUCUUGGUGACUUACAGUCAUGAUGGGCGUGGGGAGCCCUUGGUCAAACAUGGCAGAAGGACCCCCACUGGUGGCCAAAGGAUGAGAGGGAGAAAAGGGAAAAAAGAGAGGGGCAGGAGCAAGGGCCGCGAUAGAGACAGAACUUUGCAUAGGGACAAAAAAAUUGGGUAUACAGGACCAGGCUGGGGGGGUGGUAAAGGAGGAAUCAGUUGGAGUGAUCGUGGAAGGGUGAAAAGAAAUGGUGGUCGUGCUGCAAAACUGAAACGCAUUUCUCGUAACAGAUGCCGCCGUCACCCUCUAUAUGUAGAUUUCAACGAUGUGGGCUGGCACAAGUGGAUCAUUGCACCAAGUGGCUACGACGCUUUCUUCUGCCUUGGAGAGUGUCGCUUCCCUCUAGCUCACCACAUGAACUCCUCCAGCCAUGCCAUAGUUCAAACCCUUGUAAACUCUGUGAAUGGAGCAGUGCCUCGGGCCUGCUGUGUCCCCACCUCCCUCAGCCCCAUCGCCCUGCUUUACUUGGACCCUCAAGACAGAGUUGUGCUGAAGAAUUAUCAGGACAUGGUGGUGGAGGGCUGCGGAUGCCGGUAGUGGGUUGAAGCAUUCAUUCAGAGAAAGUAAGACAAGGAUGGAGCAUCAAGGGAACAGAGAAAGAGGAAUAAAGGAGCAUGGAGAAGCAGAUGGUGGGAUGAAGUGACUGUAACCGGCUUACUGCAAAAAGACACAGACUGAUCGAGGCAAAUGUAGCAGCUGAAGAAGAAUGAGUGGGGAGGAGGCAGAGAUGGGGAGGCAUAUAGCAGCUUUAUCAUUAUUGUCAGGAGCAAGAUAAAAUGGUCAACCAUAGGAAGAAGAAGAGUGGGAGAGUCAGGACAUGCCACACAGCAGCAUAAAAGAUUGGACAAAACGGCAACAUAUGUAAACUGCCAAGAAUUAAUGUUCAAUGUUUGCCCAUAUGCCGACGAUGCAGCUGUUUACACCAUCAACAGACAAGCUACAUGCUCUCUCAGUGCUUUAACAUACAAGGUGUCUGUUCUAUAUUGCAGUGUUUUCCACCCAUCACACUCUCACCUGAUAGCCUGACAGGCAUGUGCACAUGCAGUAUGUUUAGCUGUUAGGGCGUGGAGCUUAAAUGGUAAACCUUUGGAAUAGACAGUCGAGGGACUUCGAUUUUCCCCUCUGGGGCAGAAUUUUGCAACUUUCUGAUUGACUUCCUGAUGAUCAACAGCAUUUGCAAUAUGACGAUGGCACUGGCAUAGCAUCCAAGCUGUGCAUCAGUGUUGUUUCUGCAGUAUUUGAACCAAGCAGGGUGCAUCUGUUUUUAUAAACAGUAUCAUGAUGACAUACUGUUGCUUACAGGCACCCUUACAUCACUAGCUAUUUAAAACCACAACAAUAAUGCUGAGGAUCUAUUAUGUUAUUAUUUGAAUGUACUAUCAUCACUAUUAUUUAAAAAGAGACUUUUUUGUACAUUUCUUUUGCAGACAUGAAAAAAAUCCAAGUGAUGGUUGUCUCGUGAUUAUACAUAAUUCCACUGAACAGCAAAUCUAACUUAAAAGACACAUUAUGUAUUUAAAUAGCAGCAAUAUGUUGUAUUUAAUCUUGAACAUAUUUAAGAUAGUUGCACUCAACGGAGCAUACAGCAAACUGAGAGCCUGCCGUCCACAUGAAGUAAGUUAUGGUAGCUUUACAUUUGUACAAUGGUUCAGUGUAUGGAAUUAACAGUCUGUGUUUCUUAAACAUCCCACCUUAUCAUUGCACACAUUUUGGUGUACAACAGCUCAACUAACAAGCCAAUUGAAAGCUCUGUGUAAUGUAGCUACUGAAGUGUUAGUUGUGUCUGCAUGUGUCAAGAAAAAAAAAGGAAAACUGAUAAUAAAACUGGGACUUUAGUGCCUUUCAAACAGGGGCUCUUAAAGUGUUCUCUGCUGAGCUUAGUAACUGUUUUUCAGUGUUGCAUUUUUCUCUCCAAAUGGAAACAUUUAAGCAACAGCUUGUAAAAUGUUCAACAAUAUACCUCUAAUAAACAAAGCAAACAGCA